AUGAACAAGCAACUGCUGGACCCGUUCGAAGCCGACUACCCAGAGAGGAUCGAAGAUGAGCUUGUUCAUGAGAAGUUUCAAGCGCGUUGCUGUGCAUUCAAUCGAAGAGGCACGCUACUAGCCACUGGAUGCCAAGAUGGUGCAGCAGCCCUCUGGGACUUCGAUACGCGAGGAGUGAUUAAGGUGCUUCAAGACAAAAAGCUCCAAGAGAUUCCAGCUGCAAUCGCGGCAAUCGGAUGGUCUCAAGAUGGUCGGAGGAUAGUGACGGCUGAGGAACGUGGAAGAGUUCGAGUUUGGGAUGAAUGCGAAAGGAUUCAUUUGAUUUUUCAGAUAGCAGAACCGCAAGUUGGGUCCAAUGCCCGCAAGGGUGCAGGAGAAGCGAUUCGAAAUUACGCAGCAAGCUAUUCUCCUUCUGGUGCUGAGGUGUUUGUUGGAAAUGGAAAAGGAAUGGUAUCUAUCUGGAGAGUUGAAGAUCUCGAACAGUUGACAAGGGACGGUUCAUAUUUUCUUGUUUCGGAAACGGGAAAGAUAAGGGUUUACGAUUCUAAGCAAUCAACACUAUAUCGCGAAUUCUUCGAUCAGGUCAACAGGACUCAAUGGCGCAAAUGCUGCUUUUCUUCGGAUGGGAACUAUGUGCUUGGAGCUACGGCUGAGAAAGGAGAGCACACAAUACAUAUCUGGUAUCGAGAAAAUGGACAACUCGUACAUGUUCUGGAGGGUCCAAAAGAGUCAGUUUGGGACCUAGCAUGGCAUCCUACUCGAACCAUAAUUGCUUCUUGUGGACAGGUAUAUAUCUGGGCGAAGCAGUACUCGGAGAACUACUCUGCUUUUGCGCCUAAUUUCAAGGAACUUGAGGAAAACGAAGAGUACAUCGAGCGGGAAGACGAAUUCGACCUGAUUGACCAUCAUCAGAUCAUCAAGAAAAAACGGGAAGAAGAGGAGGCCGUGGAAGUGGAUAUCACAACCCUGGAUGAAUCGACCGCUCAGACUUACGGCUUGUUGGAGAUUCCAAAUGAGCUGGUUUAUCUGCCUGCAAUCCCGGACCCAGAUCAGCAAAUGGCAACAGCGAAGGUCCAGGUCAUCCAAGCUAAAAGGAUUGCAGAAUCGAAUCUCAAUCGGCAUGUAACUGACGCAGACCCGGUGGAACAAGUGAAGAAGCAAAAAUUGGAGUCCUCGUGA